ACAGAUCAAAUUCGCAAGUAAAACCAAAAUUUUCGUUGACCAAGGACGCGUUGCGAGGAGCCAUCCCACAGCACAUCCCACAGCAGAUCCCACAGCAGCAAGAUGGGUGUUCCUAAGUUCUUUCGCUACAUCAGCGAGCGGUAUCCGUGCCUCAGCGAGUUGGCGCGGGAGCAUAGCAUUCCCGAGUUCGACAACCUGUAUCUGGACAUGAACGGCAUCGUGCACAACUGCUCGCAUCCGGACGACAACAACAUCCACUUCCACCUCGAGGAGCACCAGAUAUUCCAGGAGAUCUUCAACUACGUGGACAAGCUGUUCUACCUGAUCAAGCCGCAGCGCCUUUUCUUUCUGGCCGUCGACGGUGUGGCCCCGCGGGCCAAGAUGAACCAGCAGCGCAGCCGGCGCUUCCGGUCGGCGCGCGAGGCCGAGCAGCUGGAGGUGAAGGCGGCGCAGCGCGGCGAGCGGCGGGAGCACGAGCGCUUCGACAGCAACUGCAUCACGCCGGGCACCGAGUUCAUGGUGCGGCUGCAGGACGGGCUGCGCGCCUUCCUCAAGACCAAGAUCUCCACGGACCCGCUGUGGCAGCGCUGCACCGUGAUCCUCAGUGGCCAGGAGACGCCCGGCGAGGGCGAGCACAAGAUCAUGGACUACAUACGCUAUAUGAAGGCGCAGCCGGACUUCGAUCCCAACACGCGACACUGCCUGUACGGCCUGGACGCCGACCUGAUCAUCCUGGGCCUGUGCACCCACGAACUGCACUUCGUGGUGCUGCGCGAGGAGGUCAAGUUCGGGCGGAACGUGAAGCGUGCCUCCGUGGAGGAGACGCGCUUCUUUCUGCUGCAUUUGGGCCUGCUGCGGGAGUACCUGGAGUUGGAGUUCGACGCCCUCAGCACUCCGGAGCGGAGGCUGGAUGUGGCGCAGCUCAUCGAUGACUGGGUGCUGAUGGGCUUCAUGGUCGGCAACGACUUUGUGCCCCAUCUGCCCUGCCUCCACAUCUCCUCCAACGCCCUGCCCCUGCUCUACCGCACCUACAUUCGCAUUUACCCCACCCUCGGCGGCAACAUCAACGAGAACGGCAAGCUCAACCUGCGGCGCCUGCAGAUCUUCAUGUCGGCCCUCACAGAGGUGGAGCUCGACCAGUUUAAGGAGCAUGCCGACGACCUCAAGUACAUGAACGCCAAGACGGAGGCCUUCGACAUCGACGUGGCCGAGAUCACCGCCAACGAGAGCCACGACUCGGACCUAGCCGCGCUCAUUGACCAAAGCACGAAGCUCUACGAGGACGACAGCGAGGAGGACUGGAGCGACGAGGCGGCGGGCCUGAUGCACGAGUUCCAGAACUACAAACGCAACUUCUAUCGCAACAAGUUCAAGAGCGACAUGCAGCAGAGCCAACUGAUCGAGGAGCUGGGCCACCACUACGUGAACGCGCUGCAGUGGGUCCUCGACUACUAUUACCGCGGCGUCCAGUCCUGGGACUGGUACUACCCCUUCCACUAUGCCCCCUUCAUCAGUGACCUCAAGAACAUCGAGCAGGUGCAGAUCAACUUCCAGCUGGGGACGCCCUUUCUACCAUUCCAGCAGCUCUUGGCCGUUCUACCGGCGGCCAGUUGCAAACUGCUGCCGUCCGCCUACCACGACCUCAUGCUGCUGCCGAGCAGCCCGCUGGCCGAGUUCUAUCCGCUGGAGUUCGAGAGCGACCUCAACGGCAAGAAGCACGACUGGGAGGCGGUGGUGCUGAUACCGUUCAUCGACGAGCGGCGUCUCCUCAGCGCCAUGGUGCCGUGCGAGGCGCUGCUGACCAACUCGGAGCGGGAGCGCAACCGCCACGGACCGAUGUACGUGUACAACCACAGUGCCGAGUCGCAGGGCCCAAUGGCCGGGCAUCCGCCGCUGCGGUCGCUGCCACAUCUCUACUGCACGGAGGUGGCCAAGUGGUCGCACGAAAUCGCACUCAACCUGCCGCACAGCGUGUGCGUUGAGCUGCCCCAUGCGGCCAGGCAUGUCUUCUUUCCGGGCUUCCCCACCAUGCAGCACCUGCCCUUCGACUUCGAGCUGCGCCACGAUCGCGUCAAGGUGUUCGAACAGGUGAGCCGCAAUCAGAACAUGGUGCUGAUGCCGCGCAGACGCCAGCUGGAGGACACCCUGGAGGCGGUGGCCGGGCAGUAUCUGGAGCAGGUGGUGCACAUCGGUUGGCCGCAUCUCAUCAAGGCGAAGGUGGUGCGCGUGGCCACGCGGGAGCAGCGCGUGGACGAGGAGGGCAUCUCACCGAACGAUCCGCGUCGCUUCGACUCGGAGUGCAAGUCGCUGCAGGAACACUUCACCACGCGCAUGGGCAUCAAGUUCGCCAACUACGACGUGCUCGUCUACGUGCGCACCUUUGCCGGCAGCUCCAUGGAGUUCGGCGCCAAGGGGUCGCUGAAAAUGCGAGAUGCGUGGAGCAGCGCCGUCACCGGCUAUCCCGCCCAGGGCGUGGUGGCCGAACUGGCCGUCCAGGAGAACAUGCGCAAGCAGUUCCGCAAGGUGGAGGACUUCUUUCCCGUCGGCAGUCCGGUCUUCUUCAUCGGCAAUCCGUAUUUCGGCAGCGAGGGCACUGUCCAGGACCCAAUGCUCGCCUACACCUGCGGUCGUAUACAGGUCAACAUACGGGUGCGUCCGGAACCGGACGUGAAGGCAGCACGCAUGUUCCAGGAGGAGCGCGACAAGGAUCUGCUGAACACGUACGAGGUCUGCCACAUCCUGAACAUCAACGGGCGGGCGCUGGGAAGGCUCACCGGCACCGUUUGGGUGGUGCUCGGUCCGCGGCGCGAGAAAAUGGAGAACGUGGCCAAGCACAACAUUGGGCUGCAGCUGAAAUACCCGCGGCAGAACGAGGAGCGAGCCGGCUACUGCUGCCGCUCGGGCAACCAGUGGUUCUACUCCAGCUUGGCCCUGGAACUGAUGCGCGACUACUGCCAGCGUUUCCCAGACGUGGUGGCCUUCUUCGGCGUCAGCAGCGACCGCGGCGAGUAUGUCUUCGAGCAGGACGUCUUCCCGCACUCAGUGGGCCAGCACAAGGUCGAGGAUCUGUCCAAUUGGGUGCGCCAGCAGCCACACAUGAAGGUGGAGCGCAUCUCGUGCGGCUCCAAGACUGUCUGCCGCGAGACUGUCGAGCUUCUGAUGGCCGCCGUCGACGAGCUGCGCUCACUGCCCGUGAAGGAUGUCAAGCUGCAGGUGAAGCCGCACCUGCUCAUCAAGCCAAAUGUCACGCUGCCCGAGGCCUACCGAUCCCGUCGUCCAGUGCGUCUCUUCGACCGCGUCAUCAUCGUGCGCACCAUUUACAUGGUGCCCGUGGGCAUCAAGGGCACCGUGAUCGGCAUCCACCCGGUCACCGAUCCCAAUCCGGUCAGAUUGGAGUGCGUGCACGCCGUCGACACCUUCUGUGAGGUGCUGUUCGACCGGGCCGUGCCCAACUGCAACGACAUCCACGGCAUCGCCCCGGACCGGGUGUACAAGGUGCCCGAGAACGCCCUGGUGGUCAUCUUUACGAACGAGCAAGGACAGAAGGACAGAGCUGCACAGCCGUCGCAGGCUCCUCAGCAGAUCAGGAACCAGGCCGAAAAUGAGCGUGCGAACUUGCGGGAGUCCCAACAGGCGACCAGCAGUCGCUACAUGACCGCCGCUGGCUCCGACUGGAUGCCGAUCACGAUGAAGACACAGAUAGCCGACGACUUUCUCAAGACGCGUGCUGAUUCCCCAAAGGCCAAAUCGGACCGCUUCAAGUCGGCACACACACAGCCGCAAUCGCAGUCGCAAUCGCAGUCGCAAUCGCAGGUGCAGGCCACACCGGAACCAACUGCCAACUGGCGCCAGCAACGUGCUACUGCUCCACCGACCAAGUCGCAGCAGCCCCCGCCAGAAAAUUGGCGAAACACAUCGUCAUCGUCAUCGUCAUCGCGGCAGCAAGGCGGCAGUUCGUCCGUUGCUCCGGCUCAAGCUGCUCCCACGGCAGCGCCAUUGGCACCAACAGCUACGCCACAGGCUCAGACCCUGGCACUCAUGUCGUUGCUGGGCUUGAAGAAGGACCCAAACCAGGUCCAGGAUCAGGACUCUCCGCCACCUCUAGCCGCACCGCUGCAUCAAGCUCCAGCUAGCGGACAAUUGCCCGUGACUUCUGCCCAUUUCUCACUGGAGAAUCUUCCGAAGCCACCGCUUUUCUGGCAGCAAGAGGCCCAAAAGGAACAGCAGGCCCAGAAGCAGCAGCAACAGCAACAGCAGCAGCAGCAGCAGAAAAAACAGCAUGAUGCUGAUCGCAUCAAGAGUCAGCAGUGGUACAGAAAUGUCCAUCCGGGAGCGGAGAUGGACCAGCGAUCCCUAAAAGGUCCCCAAAUGAGGCAGCAACAGCCGCAGUUCCAGCGCCAGCCUAAGUUCCAGGUGCAUGUGCAGCUCUCGAAUCAACCCCACUCCACUCCGUUUAACAAUGGAAAUCAGUCACGUCCCAGCAACAACAUAGCUGCACAAAGUGCCUUCAACAACAACGUGCGCAUGAAACAGCAGCAGCAACAGCAACAGCAGCAACAGCAAUACCAACAGUACCAUCAACAACAAUAUCAACCGCCUGGCCAGCAGCUGAAGGAGAUCAACAAUGUGGCACCGCGUUACUCGUCCAUACAGGAUUUUGUACCCAUACAGGCGUAUCGGCCGAAGAAUACAAAGCGCACGGGUCGCCAGGAUUCCGAACCGAAAUCAUUGACGGAAACCAUUGGGACAAAGUCGCGUUCUAGUCAGCCGGAGAAAUCGACCAUUGAACAGACUGCUGAGCUGAUCCAAACGCUUAAGAUUCAGCCAUCCACUUCACAGUCCGAAACUGGAUUCGACACAAUAGCCACCACGGAUGUAUCCGUAGGAUCAUCUUCAAGCCAGGUAAACAAGCCAAGGAAACAGCGAACCCCUCGAAUUGGGGCCAAGUUUGAUUUGGAUUAUAUAAUGCAUUGAGACGAUAAUGCCACACAAAUGAUGUUCCGAAUGAAUCUAAGUAUGAUCUAUUCUACAGCCCAAACACAUGAAAUUUAGAGAUUAAGUUUAAACCCACCUAGAUAUUACGCUAAAAUUGAUUUAAAUAUAAACUUUUUGAUUUCCUUACCUAGUCUGAAUCCUGAAAUGAGACUGACUCAUCUUCUUAUUUCCUUGUAAUAAACUCAAUUUUUCCCUUA